AUGGACCCCUUCUUUCUCACCUUCCGGGACCCCGCCCUGGAGCGGCGGUAUGUGCGCCACAUAGCCGCUGUCAAGAACCUCAACAUCGACAGGUGCUACUGGUGGUGGGCGUUCAUCGUGCGCGGCAUCGCCUACUGGCGCUAUGCCGUCAGGUUUGGACCGGGUCACUUCGCCGUGGCGCGGGUAUACCUCGCCUGGCUGGUGGCGGAGGCAGUGCUGCGACGGACGUCAGCCAUGUCCAGCCUGCCGCAUCUGAGGGAGCCGCUGGUGGUAAUAUCCAGACUGAUCCACACUGUCGAGGUGGGCACAAUGGCAGAGCACAGCUUGUCCGAUCUCCUGGACUUUCAAGGCGAUCACCUCUCCAUGAAAUCAAUCAUGACCAGUCUCAUGAUCGACGGCCUGAUUCCCAUGAUGUUCCUGGGGCUUUUCCAGCCGCUCAGAUUCUGGUUGCACCUCCCUGUGCACCUCAUCUCCUCCAUUUUCAUUCUGGGAACAAUGAACCUCCAGGUGUGCAGCCUGACUGGUGGGGCUGGCGUGCCUGGCAUGACACAGAUACUCAUGGGCCUGGACGCCACGGCAAAGCACAUAGUGGGCACCGUCUUCACCACGCACCUGAAUGAUGAGCCCUCCUGGAAG